CAUCCCUGUGUAUUGCUUUGUGAAGCCUGCACUGAAAUUCUCUACGGUAGGCAAAAACAUCGCUCGCUCCUCUCUCUCCUGCCAUCGAAGGUGGCGACCACCAACUCCACUCCUGCCGUGGCGUCCCAAAAUCCUACACCACUGACCACCACCAAGAAGAAGCAAAAAAGCGACAAAAUUAACACCACUAACAACAACAUCAACACCAAACUCGACCAACUCGCCGCUUUACUCACCUCCCUGCCAUGCUCCUCCCCCUCCCACCUCAACCAAAUCCACGCCCACCUCCUCCGCUCCCCCCUUCCGCCCUCCUCCCUCCUUCCCGCCUUCGACCGUGCCGCCCGCGCCGUCUCCAAGACCAAGCCCCUCCUCGCCCUCCGCCUCUACCUUCUCAUGACCCGCGCCGCCAUCCGCCCCGGCAGCUUCACCCUCCCCUUCCUUCUCAACUCCGCCGCUGCCAUCCCCCUUCCCUCCGUCGGCGCCGAGCUCCACUCCCGCGCCUUCCGCUCCGGCCUCCUCUCCUUCCUCCCCGUCGCCAACGCCCUAGUCGAUAUGUACUCCAAGUGCCGCGCCCUCCAUCUUGCGUGCCAGGCUUUCGACGAAAUGCCCCUCCGCGACGUCGUCUCCCACAACGCCAUCCUUGGUGGUUAUGCCCGUCUCGGUGUCGACAUGGCUGCCGCGCGCAAGCUAUUCGACGAAAUGCCUGAAAGAAACGUGAUAUCGUGGAACGCUAUGGUCGUUGGGUACGCCAAUGCUGGUGAUCUCGCCACUGCGAGAUACGUCUUUGAUAAAAUGCCCGUUAGGAAUGUCGUCUCGUGGACGGUUAUGGUGUUGGGAUACUGUAAGAUUGGCUCGGUAGACGCUGCUCGGGCCCUUUUUGAAGCAAUGCCUGAGAGGAACUUGGUCUCGUGGACAGCGAUGAUUAACGGGUUCUCCCAGUGUGGCCGGCCGCAAGAGGCCCUGGCACUGUUUCAUAAGAUGGAAAGGGUGGGGCUUGAUCCGGAUGCGGCUACCAUGGUCGGUGUCAUCUCCGCAGCUGCACAACUCGGGAGCGCCGAGCUGGCGAAUUGGGUUGCAUCGUACGUCAAUCACAGGAAAAUCGAGCGGAAUGAGCGUGUCAUCACCGCGCUUGUAGACAUGCAUGCCAAGUGCGGCAAUGUUGAUGUGGCCUCCCGCUUAUUUAAUGAGAUCUCCUCUCCAGAUGCAUAUGCUUAUACCGCUCUCAUUAAUGGGUUGGCUUCCCAUGGACACGGGAGGAAGGCACUUGAGAUCUUUCAAAGAAUGCAGGCGGAGGCCAUUGAGCCAGAUCCCAUCACGUUUGUUGGUGUUUUGAGUGCCUGUAGCCAUGCAGGGCUUAUCGACGAGGGUUUGUUUUUUUGGGACAGCAUGGUUCGGGACUAUGGGAUAGAACGUGGGCCUGACCACUAUGCGUGUAUGGUUGACAUGCUUGGACGGGCAGGGAGGCUUGAAGAAGCCCAUGAGAUGGUGAAGAGGAUGCCGAUGGGGCCUCAUGCAGGAGCUCUGGGAGCAUUGCUUGCAGCUUGCAGGACUUAUGCAAAUAUUGACAUUGCUGAGAAUGUUGCAGAGGAGCUCUUUAAGUUAGAGCCUGACAACACUGGCAAUUAUAUACUUCUUUCGAGUAUAUAUGCAGCAAGAGAACAAUGGGCAGAUGCUGCUAGAGUUAGAGCAAUGAUGAGAGGAAAAAGAAUUAAUAAGCUUCCAGGUUAUAGUUGGACUGAGGACAAACAGAGGAGCCAUAUGAAGUUGCAGAUAACAAGUUGACAAAGCUUGAAGGCAAGAGGGCUUCAUGUUGAUGCUGGCCAGUAAUGUCAAGUUUAUAUGAAGCAGGGUAUCUUGCAAAGAUAACCCUUACAAUUGGAUGAUCUUACUAAGAGUUUGUAGCAAAGAGGUGGUGCAAUCAGUAUACAAAGUGAUGGAGUGCCUUAAAGCUGGGAGCCCUGAUUGUAGACUGUGACAUUGGACGUAGGAUGGACUUCUUGUUGCCUGAGCGCAGCAAGAAAGAAAAAGGUUUGCCAGCAUAGAGGAUGCCUAGGUCUGAGAUUGUCAAAAUCCUUUUGCAGACAGUGCUGUGGCUUGUGAAGCUGCCGGGAUAGCAUGGGUUUACUGUUGCUCAGACUGCAAGCAUGAUGCUCACAUGUGCCCAUGAUACAAAACAUGUUGUUGAAUGGCAUAUGACAAUAAAUAGUCCUUUGUUUUCUAUUUUUGUUUUAACAAGUAUUAUCGUAUGAUGCUGUCAUUAUUUUUUGAUAAAUAAAAGAACCUUACUAUUCUUUGUACAUAGACCUUAAAUAUUUAUGAAGCUGAAGUGUUCCAUUUA